GCCUGCGCCGCCGCCGAGUGCCACGUUGCUGGAGCCCAGUGGGGACGUGGAAAGUGUCAGUCAGUGCCGGGUGGGCCGGUGGUGUUACUUCCAUCCUUAUUUGCCCGCUUUUUUACCCCCUUACUCGUCGAAAAGAAGGAUUUCUGCUUUUUUUAUUUUUUAAAUAUAUUGUUUUGUAUCCAGUGUGUGCGUGUAUGUGUCAGGACGAGCAAGGAUGAAACUGAAGGAGAUCAAUCGCACGGCCAUCCAAAGCUGGAGCCCGGCGCAGCACCACCCCAUCUACCUGGCAACAGGUACGUCCGCCCAGCAGCUGGACGCCUCUUUCAGCACCAGCGCCUCCUUGGAGAUCUUCGAGUUGGACCUGUCCGACCCGUCGCUGGAUAUGAAGUCAUGUGGCAGCUUUUCUUCCUCUCACAGGUACCACAAGCUGGUGUGGGCUUCCUUCGGAACAGACUCCCAAGGGCACCCGGCGGGCGUGGUCAUCGCCGGGGGGGAGAACGGCAACGUGAUCCUCUACGACGCCGCCAAGGUGGUGGCCGGGGAGAGCGAGGUGGUGGUGGCCGAGAGCGACAGGCACACGGGCCCGGUCAGGGCUCUGGACGUCAACCCAUUCCAGGCCAACCUCUUUGCCUCCGCUGGGAACGAGUCUGAGAUCUACAUCUGGGAUAUCAACAACUUCACCUCCCCCAUGACACCUGGGCCCAAAACUCAGCCCGUGGAGGACAUCAGCUGCGUGGCGUGGAACAAGCAGGUGCAGCACAUCCUGGCCUCCGCAAGUCCCAGCGGCCGCGCGGCCGUGUGGGACCUGCGCAAGAACGACCUCAUCAUCAAAGUCAGCGACCACAGCAACCGAAUGCACUGCUCCGGCCUGGCGUGGAACCCGGAGGUGGCCACCCAGCUGGUCCUGGCCUCCGAGGACGACCGCAUGCCCGUCAUCCAGAUGUGGGAUCUACGAUUCGCCACGUCCCCUCUCAAGAUCCUGGAGAACCACACCAGGGGCGUGCUCGCCAUCGCCUGGAGUCUGGCCGACCCCGAGCUGCUCCUCAGCUGCGGGAAGGACAGCAGGAUCCUGUGCUGGAACCCCGGCACGGCGGAGGUGGUCUACGAGCUGCCCACCGGCAGCCAGUGGUGCUUCGACGUCCAGUGGUGCCCCAGGAACCCGGCGGUGCUUUCGGCCGCCUGCUUCGACGGCCGCAUCGGCGUUUACUCCGUCAUGGGCGGCAGCAGUCAGCACGCCGAGCAGAUGGCCAAGUCCUAUGCCAACAUGGAUCCGUUUGGAACAGGCCAAACGUUGCCCCCCCUGCAGCUGCCCCAGUCCGCCGCCCCCCCAGCCAGCGUCAACCCCCUGAAGAAGCCCCCCAAGUGGAUCCGCCGGCCCGUGGGGGCGUCCUUUGCCUUCGGAGGCAAGCUGGUGUCCCUGGAGAACGUCACCACCGCCGCCCCUGACUCCCAGUCCCAGCAGGGGGGCAGCGCCCGAGUGGUCCACGUCAGCCAGGUGGUCACCGAGACCACCUUCUUGCAGCGCUCCCAGCGCCUUCAGGACACUCUCCAGGCCGGCCUCUUCCAGGACUUCUGCCAGGAGAAGAUCCACGCCGCCGAGAACCAGUUCGACAAAACCGUCUGGUCUUUCCUCAAGGCCAACUUUGAAAGUGACGUGCGCAGUAAGUUCCUGGAGCUUCUGGGCUACAACAAAGAGGAGCUGGCCGCCAAGAUUUCAGCAGCUCUGGAGGGGAAGCCAACGGACGCUCUCACGGAGGACGUGUGCGCCUCAGCCAGCGUGCAGCCGCCGCCGCUGCUGGACGACAAUCCGGAGGCGGCGUUUGACCUGAUCGCCGCCUCGAACCUUCAGACGGAAGAGGAGUCUGCCGCGGAAUGUCUAGACGAGGAUGUGGCUCCACAGGAGGAGGGGGAAGAGAUCGCCUUGGAGGAGGACGUCCUCCUGGAGGAGGAAUGGAAGGAGGAGUCUUCUCCCGCCACCACGCCGGCGCAGGCGGAGGAGCCCGUGGAGGCUCCCGCUGGAGGAGUCAGCCUCGGCAUCAGUCGAGAUGUGGAUGGACUGAUCACGCAGGCCCUGCUGACCGGCAACUUUCAGGCAGCCGUGGAGCUCUGUCUCCACGACAACCGCAUGGCCGACAGCAUCAUCUUGGCCAUCGCCGGUGGGGCUGAGCUCCUGGAGAAAACCCAGAGGAAGUAUUUCAGGAAGACGCACAGUAAGAUCACCAAGCUGAUCAGCGCCGUGGUGAUGAAAGAUUGGCACGACGUCCUGAAGACGUGCGACCUGCACAACUGGCGGGAAGCCCUGGCGGCCAUCAUGACCUACGCUCAGCCCGAGGAGUUCUCCUCACUAUGCGACCUCCUGGGGGCUCGUCUGGAGGCGGCUGACGAGGCUCAGCUGCAAGCCAACGCCUGCCUGUGCUACAUCUGUGCCGGCAACAUGGACAAGCUGCUUUCCUGCUGGACCGCGGCGCUGGAGCGACAUUGUCCUCUCUCUCUUCAGGGACUGGUGGAGAAGGUGGUGGUGCUGCGGCGUGCGGUGGAGCAGACGCAGCGCUCGGGCCCCGCCUCCAUCGGCGUCCUGCUGGCGGAGACGAUGAGCCACUACGCCGGCCUCCUGGCCUCCCAGGGCAGCCUGUCCACCGCCAUGGCCUACCUGCCCGACAACACCGACCAGGUGGCCGUGCGACAGCUCCGCCAGCGCCUCGCCCAGGCUCUGGGUCAGCAGCAGGCGGCGGCGGCAGCUCCGCUUCAGACACACAACACUCCGUCUUCACGCGGCGUCGCCCAGCAUUGCCAUCCCUUCACUCCGGUCCAGCCUCAUGCCGCCCCGGCUCCACCUGAGCCUGCACCGAGCUCGGUCCCAUCACAGCAGCAGUAUUACCAACCCGUAAGGCCUGCCUCCACCGUCACCUCCUGGAGUAACCAAACUACCACAGCCCUCCCCAGUGCGCCACACCCUCUGCAGGUGGGCCCCGCCUCUCAGCAGAAGGUGGAGCCGCCCAAGCCUGCGUACGGGAUGGCUGGUGCCUACAUGCAGCCCCAGCAGCCCCAGCAGCCCCAGCAGCCCCAGCAGUCCCAGCAGUCCCAGCUGCAGUACCAGCAGCCCCAGCAGUCCCAGCAGUACCAGCUCCCCCCCCAGGUGGAGCACUACACACCUGGAGCCUAUCAGCCUCUUCACUACUCCUCCUCCCCCCCUCCCCCGCCCGGCUUCCUCUCUCACUACACCCAGCCUGCACUCCCGCCCAGCCUGCCCUCACCCACCUCCUCUCAUCCUCCUUUCUCCCCCUCCUCCUCCUCCUCCUCCCCGCCUCAGCAUCCCCUGUCCUCCUGUGGAGCCUCUUUCCAGCACGGCGUGCCGGGCUCACCUGGGUCCUACGCACCGGGCGGAGUCUCAGGUCCUCAGAACGGCUGGAACGACCCCCCAAACCUCAGCAGGUCCUCCAAGAAGAAGAUGUCGGAGAAGUUCACCCCGCCCGUGCCCAUCAUGAGGCCCCUGGGCGCCGACCCCCAGGCGCCGCAGGGCCCGGCAGCGGGCUUCCACGGCGCCCAGGCCCCGUACUCGGGCGUGCAGCAGACCUCGCCCGCCAACCCCAGCCUGCCCAAGACCAGCACGGAGGGGGCCCCGGGGGCCCCGACGGGCGACGCCGUGCAGACCUUGCCCGCCGAGAAGAUCCUGAAGAAGCUCAUCCCAGAUGAGCACCUGGUCCUUAAGACCACCUUUGAGGGCCUGAUCCAGAAGUGCUUGGCCCUGGCCACGGACCCGCAAACCAGGAGGAAGCUGGACGACGCCAACAAACGACUGGAGGCGCUCUACGACAAACUGAGGGAGCAGUCGCUCUCCCCCGCCAUCGUGGGCGGUCUGCACGACAUGGCGAGGAGCGUGGCGGCGCGCUCGUACGGCGAGGGUCUCAACAUCCACACGCACAUCGUGGGCAGCAGCAACUUCAGCGAGACGUCCGCCUUCAUGCCCGUCCUCAAGGUGGUGCUGACGCAGGCCAACAAGCUGGGGGUGUGAGCGCCCGGGGGGGCACGUCGCCAUGGCAACCAACCAAGGGCUCCUGUCACCUUCCUCCGCCGAUCACAUCCAUGGCUUUCAAAGUCCAGGUGACCCGUGAAGGACUCCUCAAACGCUCUUUUCUUCACUUCACCUCAUGAUUUGGCAAACAAUUAUUCAAGUAAAAAAACAGAUUUUUCCAACAGUAAAAAAAACAAAAAACUGUUUUCUCCAUUAAAAUAAAAAGAUUCUUAAGUAAAAAAAAAUGAUUUGCAUGUAAAAAAAACAUUUGCAAGUAUAAAAUUGUCUUUUUUUUUUUUUUGCAGGUAAAAAAAUUUAUUUGGUCGUAACAUCAAAUUUAUUUUCCAAGUAAACCAAAAAAUUCAAGUAAGAACAAAUAUUUGAAAGUAAUAAAAACAAUUAUCUGAAAGUAAAAGAAACAUUUGUAAAAAUGGUUCAAAAGUGAAAAAAAUUCCAUCCAUCAUCUUCCGCUUAUCCGAGGUCGGGUCGCGGGGGCAACAGCCUAAGCAGGGAAACCCAGACUUCCCUCUCCCCAGCCACUUCGUCUAGCUCUUCCCGGGGGGGUCCCGAGGCGUUCCCAGGCCAGCCGGGAGACAUAGUCUUCCCAACGUGUCCUGGGUCUUCCCCGUGGCCUCCUACCAGCUGGACGUGCCCUAAACACCUCCCUAGGGAGGCGUUCGGGUGGCAUCCUGACCAGAUGCCCGAACCACCUGAUCUGGCUCCUCUCGAUGUAAAGGAGCAGUGAAAAAAAUUCUGCAAGUAAAAACAACAAAUUACUUCAAAUAAAUAAAAAUAUGGAAGUACAAAAAAAAUAUAUUCAAAUGUAAAAAAAAAAGAUUCGUAAGUAUAAUGAAAAAUCAUUUAAA